AUGUCUAUUGGAGAACAUAAUGAUGUUAUCAGUCAAACUGUUAAUAAAAUGGGAAUGUGCAUAUUAAACAGACCAAAAGCAUUAAAUUCUUUAAGUUUUUCUAUGAUGAGAAAGUUACAUCCUCAAUUAUUGAAAUGGGAAAAUGACCCUGCUAUAAGUUUUGUUGUUUUGAAAGGAGCUGGUAAAGCAUUUUGUGCUGGAGGUGACAUAAAAGCUCUCACUCAAACCCCUGAAGGAAUUAACUUUUUUAAGGAAGAAUAUCCAUUAGAUUAUACAAUAGGAACAUAUAAAAAGCCAUUUAUUUCUCUGAUAACUGGUAUAACAAUGGGAGGGGGUUUUGGGUUGUCAGUUCAUGGGAAAUACAGAGUAGCCUCAGAAAAGACAAUGUUUGCUAUGCCAGAAACUAGUAUAGGUUUAGUACCAGAUGUAGGUGGUGGAUAUGUGUUGCCAAGGUUACAAGGAAAGUUAGGAAUCUAUUUAGGUUUAACUGGUUUUAGACUCAAAGGUAGAGAUGUGCAUUUAGCUGGUAUUGCUACCCAUUUUGUUGAUUCAAACAAAGUCAGUACAUUAGAAGAAGAAUUGGCAGCUUUAGAUAAUCCCGACCACAAUAAUAUUCAGAAUCUGUUAGAUCAGUUCCAUAAAGAGAGUACCAAAGAGUCCCAUGAGUUUAUAUUGGAACCUAAAAUGGAAGAUAUUAAUAGGUCAUUUAGUGCUACAACUGUAGAACAGAUAUUUACAAAUUUAGAGAAAGAUGGUUCAGAAUGGGCAUUAAAACAACUGGAAACAUUGAAGAAAAUGUCUCCUACUUCAAUGAAAAUAACUUUAAGACAAUUAAAGGAAGGUGCUAAUUUAAGUUUAAAAGAAUGUUUUUAUAUGGAGAAUAGACUGUGUCAGAGAUGUAUUGAAGAUCAUGAUUUACGUGAAGGUGUUAGAGCAGUGCUAAUAGAUAAAGAUCAAAACCCCCAAUGGAAACCUGCUAGAUUAGAAGAUGUUACAGAUGAAAGAGUUGAUUAUUAUUUCUCUAAAUUACCAGAUGAUAGAGAACUUGUUAUGCAAGAUUAA